GUUUCCUCUCCUCAGGGCUAUGAUAGACUUUGAGGCAGGACAGAACCAACACUUGAUUAAUAUGGACAUGAUGGUUGGAGAGAGUUGGAUUUGGCCCCAGUAUCACAGGUCAUAGAUAGGAAGCUCAGGUUGUCUUGUGGCGCCUCCAAAAUGAUAUAUAAAGGACGCUGUGAACGCACUUAACCACCAGAGGGAAACCCCCAUCAAUCUCAUCAAACAAGCAGCCAUGGUUCACCUUUCAACUCUCAUCGCCCUUGCCGGGCUUCCUUUGACCCCAUUCGUGUCUGCUGCGGCGAACAAAUUCACCCCAGACGACUAUGACUGGGACAGUCUCAGCGCCAACGACACAGUCGCCAGCGGCUUGUGGAUGUACAGCCACGAGGCCCCAGAAACGACUGACCUGUCGACGCUUUCUCCCACCCACCCAGCUAGCGUUGAUGAGGCUGGCAUGCAGCAGGUUGCUGUUCUCGCCGCCCUCGGUUGGGCAUGGAGAGCCGCCAGUGUUGCUUCUUUCGGCAUUGCGUUGAAAGACACCAUUGAUUCGUGCAAACAGACUGCGAACAAAGAUGCCGGUGUUGGACCCUGCCUGAAGGGUGUCUUUGGAACGGUCAUGGCCUUUGGCGGUGCUGCCUCUGCCAACAAGAAUCUCCUUCACAAGGCAGGCCGUCUAGUCCUCCCUAAUCGGUUUCUGCCAGAUGGGACCGUUGAUUUGGAAAUGAACGUCCUCAACUACAACCGCCAUGCCAGACGCGAUGCCGUCGCCCAGGGCCAACACGACGAAUUCGUGCGCUACCAACUCCGAAGCCUUUCCACCUCCGAACCCGAAUUCCUCGGAUACGCAGAAGAAGACCACCGUCUCGCAAAAAGGGAGUUUGCAACACACCCUCUCGUCCCGAUGUUCCGAUUCGACCACGCCAAGCACGGUAGCAUGGAGAUGACCACCCGAGACACAAUGAAUGGUACCUUUGUAACUGCUGCCUACACGGGCCAUCCCACUCACCUCUUGGGACGUCGCCAGAUUGACGAUCUUCGAAUGAAGAUGAAACGUCAGGAGGUUUAUGACAAGGAGACCUUCGACCAGGGUGUUCUUGAAGCUCGAUUCGAUACUGAGGCUUCGAAGUCCGACCCUGCCUCUGUUAGUGCUGAUGCCGGCAAGCUGUUUGAUACUUUUGAGCCCGAGGUUGAGUGCUUCAUGCAUGGUGAGGUCAAGGAUAAGAGUAUCCUGGAUGUGCAGAUGUAUGACAAGACCAACAAGGCUACAUUUGGAUUUGGUAUGGCCCUCCCUCUUUAGUAUUUGAUUUCUUCUAACGAUCAUUAGGAUCAAUUGGAAUUUACAAGAACGAUGACGACGCCCACUCUAUCGAGAAGGUGACACCAUCUGGCAUGCCUCUACCUCAGUGUACUUAAAACUGUAUUACACUGGCUGCAUUAUAAAGACUUUCUUUCAUCCUACAGCAGCUUUCCUCGACAUAACCUGAAUUUUUAUGAUUGAAACGCCGCAAUAAGGGCUAAUGCGACC